CUCUCUUUUCUACAGGGAGUCGCCCAUAGUAACCGCUCGAGCUGCUCAGACCGGAAUCUCCAGCAAGAUGACGAGAGUAAAAUAAAGCGACAGAAACGAGUAAACAUGACGAGGACACUCACGGAUGACAAAUAUUAAUACACGGAAAUAACGACGUGCUGGAUAUUUCCGAGUGAAUUCCGGUGUUAGCCGUCAUGAGAUGACCGUGAAUCGGAUCUUUGUGAUCGUGACCAGAUCUGUGAGGAUUUAAUAUGUUGUCCGUGUCAGUCUGAGGAGAAAUAUUCACUGAUGAUUGUAUGAGAGGCUUUCAGCGGUGCGUGUGGUGGAGACAUGAAGACAGUGCUCGUGUUGAGCUGUCUGCUGUUAAUCGCUCGAGCAGAAGAUCCGGAUCAUCUCGAUCAGAAGCAGAACACGGUUCAGUACCUUCACAUCGGCGACGGCUCCUCGCGGGAGUUUGAGUUUCCGCAGAAAACGCGUGGCGUGAUUGUGAUUUCCAGCGGGUAUCGCAGCUCUGGAGGCCGGAAGGGUCGUGAGAGCCUGAAACAGACGGUUCGGGUGAGGUCUCUGGACCCGGACGUCAUCUCCAUCCUCAACGUGACGGACGGCGGGCGGACGGGAGCAGCGAGCAGCUACGUGAUCAGCAUCCGCUCAGGGGUUCCGGGAACGGCUCCGUUGCUCAUCCAGCUGCUGGAUCUAGACAGCGACUCGGAGCCGGUUCUCAUCGAGGAGCGGAGCGAUUACUCCAUCAGGGUGGCGGCGGGCAGCGUUGACGAUCCAGCCGCCCGGCUCCUGGAGUCCGGCGGGCUGACGCACUUCUCGGAGAACCCGAUCCUCUUCGCGCUGCUGCCGCUGAUCUUCAUCAACAAGUGUGCGUUCGGCUGUAAGGUGGAGGUGGAGGUGUUGACGGCUCUGCUCAAGAGGCCGGUGCCAUUGCUGCUGGGCGUAGUGGGACAGUUCCUCAUAAUGCCGCUCUACGCAUACGGCCUGUCCCGGCUGGCGGCGCUUCCCAAGGCGCUGUCGCUGGGCCUGGUCAUCACCUGCUCGGCUCCGGGCGGCGGCGGCGGGUACCUGUACAGCCUGCUGCUAGGCGGAGACGUCACCCUGGCCAUUAGCAUGACUCUCAUCUCCACCGUGGUCGCGACCGCAGCCAUGCCGCUGUCCUCGGCCUUCUACGGCUGGCUGCUGGGCGUCCACGCCGCUCUCCACGUGCCCUUCGUCAAGAUCCUCGGCACGCUGCUCUUCAUCGCCAUCCCCAUCUCGCUAGGCAUGCUGGUGAAGCUGCGGCUGCCCGCCGUCACCCGCGUCCUGCUCGCCCUCAUCCGCCCCUUCAGCUUCGUGCUCAUCGUGGGAGGGAUCUUCAUGGCCUAUCAGAUGGGCUCCUCCAUCCUGGCCAACGUGCGCGCCCCGAUCGUAGCGGCGGGCGUGACCGUGCCCAUCUUCGGGCUGCUGCUGGGGUUCGUAAUGGCGCGGCUAGCGGGGCUGGCGGUGCCGCAGAGGAAGACGGUCAGUAUCGAGGUGGGCGUGCAGAACAGUCUCCUGGCGCUGGCCGUCAUGCAGCUGUCGUUCCAGCGGGCCGAGGCGGACUACGCCUCGCAGGCGCCCUUCAUCGUGGCCCUCAGCAGCACGUCAGAGAUGCUCCUGCUGGUCCUCGUGCACUUCGCCCACCGACGCCUGUGCCUGCCGUCCGCCUCGCGAACCGUCGCCUGAUCGCCAACUCCAAGCCAAUCGCUGCCAAACAUUACUGCCAGAACGGACCCGGUCUGCGGACGUAUCUCAACCAAAGGCCUUCGCUCGUUAAUUUCAGCCUUUUUUAAUCAGAUUUUAAUCUUACGUGCAUUACAAUGACAGUGUUUAUGGAAGAUAUAUGAGAUAUUUUUCUAAGUAAUUUUGCUGUUUGUUAUUUUGUAAUUCAGAUGGUUUGUUUGUACCCUGUUUACAGAAGAUGUUGCUGUCGAUUGUUCAUGUGAUUGAACCAUGCGCAAUGGUGACAUGUGAUUAAAUGCUUUUUGACAAGACAAA